AUGGAUUAUACUACGCGUAUGCUUUCUAGUCCACCAAAGGACCCCAAAUCUGCGGUAUUAAUCGACGCUGAUCGAGAAAAUCGAUCAAUUUCGUGGCUGGAGUAUGUAUCUACGGUUAAACGAAUAGCCGUUGGCCUGCGAGAUGCUGGACUCGCUGAAGGGGAUGGCGUCGGGCUGCUCAGUGUUAAUGAAAUUUAUUAUUAUGUGCUUGGAGAUGGCGUGAUUGCUGCGGGUGGAAUUUUUGCUCCUCUACCGACAACUUCACUUGACCAGCUAGGCCUCUAUAUUGAGGCGGCACAGGUGAGCUGGCUCUUCGUCAGCGUCGAAUUCUUGGAGGACAUUUUGCUAGCCGCUCCGAACUGGAAACUGGAUAAAACCAGAAUUCUGGUAUUCGACCCACCAGGGUUGGAGCCAUAUUCUGGCCGUCUACCAAAAUUCAGCAACUUGUUGAGCGCCGAAGAGAGUAGAUUCAAAAACCCUUACGAAGGCAAAGACCCUAAGAAACUGAUAUGCGUGCGAUCAUUCGGUAGUGGCACGACUGGGUCUAUUAAGGCUAUCGAAAUCUCCCACGCUGCUCAAUUGGCGAGACUGGAUGCAGCCCUCUUUGCCCCAGAUCCCCGCGAUACAGCAUGGCUUCAGAACAUCGGCCUUUCCCAUGUCAGCAGUCUCAAUAUGUGCAACCGAGCUUGUGCAGGUGGAUUGCCCAUGGCUCUUACUUCCGUUGUCGAUGCACCGUCACUCCUGGACAGGAUGAAAGCUUUCAGUAUCAGCCAGAUUCAAUUGUCGCCAGCAUUGAUGGAGAGCAUUACAGAGACUGUCAAAUCCGGGCUCCGACCUGCGGAUGCCCUCCAAACCCUCAGCACUGUUUUGGUGGGAGGAACCUUUUCUCGGAAAGUCUCAGUAGAGGAGUUUUCCGCACUUUUGCCUAGUCAUACUCGUUUGAGGACUGGCUAUGGGAGCACCGAGGCUGGCAUUGUUACCAUGACACCUAUUGAUGCUCCUUGGGAGCUAGGUUAUACUGGUGUUCUUACGCCGAAAGUUGAAUUAAAGAUCGUUGAUAUCGAAACAGGGAAGGAGCUUAGCCUCGAUACUCCCGGCGAAAUUGUUAUCCGCUCACCAGAGAUGAUGUCAGGAUUUUGUAAUAAUCCGACUGCAACUAAGGAGGCAUUUCUGCCAGACGUGGAUGGGCGUGGGCCUUGGUUAAAGACUGGGGAUAAGGGAUUUGUGGAUCCAGCCAACGGACAACUAGUCCUACAUGCCCGCUACCAUGAGCUCAUCAAGAUCGGGACAGAGACGGUACUCCCUGUCGAUGUUGACGAGGUACUAAUGACACAUCCCUCCAUCAAAAAAGCUGCCAUCACGUCGGUCGUGGCCCGGGAUGACGAACUCGACCUCGAGAUUAUCGCCUAUAUAAUCGUGAAGGACGGUGCAUCGAUCACAGCCCAAGAAUUGGUGGAUUAUGCUGCGUCGAAGUUGCCCAAGCAUUGUGUCCCAAUAGGUGGUGUGAUCUUUACCAACGACCUCCCACGAAGCUUCGCAGGAAAGGUACAGCGACGUAACUUGAUUCAUUGCCCAGUCCUGCCUGGAUCAACCAAACGUCUUAGUAUCUCUUCGGGAGUUGAAUAUAAGGCAGAAUAG